CCGAGGAAGUGAUGGAGGUUGUGUCUUCAGGGAUGAUGUGGUGGAAAAAGCGGGUGCGGGAGGGGGCGGGCGCGGACUGUUGGUGAGGGUGGAGAAGUCGAUCGCGGUGAAGCAUGCGAGAGAAGAGGUCGGCAAGGGGCAUGUCGGUUUCAUGGGCGAGGGCGGUUGCAAGGUGUUUGUGACAUACUCGUUUGAUGCGGGAGAUGAACGCAAAGUCGGGAAUGAUGGUGGUGGGGAGGUGGUGGCGGAGGGAGCAAACAUAUUGGACGAAGCGGUCUGUGGGACCGGUCUGGCGGAGGUGGCAGAAUUGUUCAAGGUAGUCAUCAAUGGUUUUUUGGGGGCGGAAGGUGGCAGUGAGAAGGUUGGCCCAUUGAAGGAAGGAGUGACGUGGUACUCCGAAGGCUCGGCAGUUGCUAACUUAAGCCAUCCACCAUUUGGCGGCAUUGCCGAGGAGGCGGAAGGUGGCAAUGGGGAGCCAGUGGACAAGGGGCAUGUGGUGGAGGUGAAAAUAGUUCUAAAGUUGGGAGGUGGGGGGAACGAAACAGUGGUGGUGGUUGAGGAGGAAGGGUUGGUGGAUGUGGUAGGAGUGGAGGAGGUCGGGGGGGGGGUGUUGCUAGAGACGGUUGUGCAAGAGGGAUUGGUUUGCGCUGUGGAGGAGGGAGGUGCGGCCGUGGUGACGACCGUAAUGGAGGGGUUGUCCCCUUCGAGCAUGGUGACGCGGUCGGAUAUGGAUGACAUGGUGACCUUUAUAUCGUCUAGAGAGGUUUGGAAGGUGUUGAGUGCGUGGAGGAUGGCGGAGAGGUCGGAGGUAGAGGUGUUUGCUGGUGGUUGUUCGCCUACGAAGUUGUGGGCGAUGCUAUCGACCGAGUCGGUGCGGAUGUCAGACAUGUUGAUGAUGGAGGAUGCAGUCAUGUCGGGGGAAGAGGGGGUGGAGGACGCAAUCGGAACGGAUGUGGAGGGUGCCGCAACUGCGGUGGCGGUGGCAGCAGCAGCGGCAUCGACGGUGGCGCGUUGGGAGUUCUUGGUUUGGCGUGGUGGCAUGUUGAGAUGGGGGGGGCAAUUCCUAUUUACAAUAAUAGAGUGUUAUCAAGUGAUUUAGCAAUGAAGGUAGCAGAGAAUCACAGAGCAAAAAUGAAUUUUGAAUUAAUUU